AUGCAUAAUAACUUCCUUGCAUUAGCAGAUAAGUUGCGUGCUGACUUUGACAUUGCUCACACCUUGGAUGCCAAAUACCUCCCAAGGGGAGAUUCAUCUGUGUCCGGCCCUGUAGUUAGGUUAUUUAAGCCAUUUGACGAGCUCUUUGUUGACUCCAAGGAUUUCAAUGUUGAAGCUCUAUUGAAAUUCGUUGAAGAAUCCAGUAUCCCCCUUGUGACUAUCUUCAACAAUGAACCAAGCGAUCACCCUUUUGUUGUCAAAUACUUUAACUCUCCCAAUGCAAAGGCAAUGUUGUUCGCCAACUUCACUUCUGCAAGUACUGAAGCUUUUAAGGCAAAAUACCGUGAAAUUACCGAGCAAUACAAACAACAGGGAAUUAGCUUUCUUAUCGGAGAUGUUGAGUCCAGCCAAGGUGCCUUCCAGUAUUUUGGACUUAAGGAAGACCAAGUACCUCUAAUUAUCAUUCGGCAUACUGACGGCAAGAAAUUUUUCAAGCCCAAUUUGGAACCAGAUCACCUUGCAGCUUGGUUGAAGGCAUACAAGGAUGGAGAUGUUGCUCCAUUUGUCAAGUCUGAACCUAUUCCUGCGACUAACAACGAACCUGUUAAAGUGGUGGUUGGGGAAACUCUUCAAGAAAUAGUUUUCAACUCUGGGAAGAAUGUUUUGCUCGAGUUUUAUGCCCCUUGGUGUGGUCACUGCAAGUCAUUGGCUCCAAUCUUGGACGAAGUUGCUGUCUCAUUUCAAAGUGAUCCUGAUGUCGUUAUUGCAAAACUGGAUGCAACUGCCAACGAUAUCCCAAGCGAUACCUUUGAGGUUCAAGGUUAUCCUACUUUGUACUUCAGGUCAGCAAGUGGAAAGAUAUCACAAUACGACGGUGGUAGGACAAAGGAAGACAUCAUCGAAUUCAUUCAAAAGAACAAGGACACAACUGGUGCUGCUCAGCAAGAAGUUGAACAGCCAAAAGCUCCUGCUCAGCAAGAAGACCAACUAACACUUUGUCUGCAAAAGAACCAACCUUCAUUAGGCCAAAAGCUAGUUAAUCCAACAGGGUUUAAGACCAAGAUAAAGUGA